CAAGCACUCAAAAGAGAUAAGGUCAUGAGGCCGAGUCUUCAAGCUUCCUAGAGAGAGAGUCAAGAACAACUCAGAGAAGAGAGAGAGAGAGAGAGAGAGAGAGAGGGAGAGGGAGAGGCGGUGUGAGUUUAGUUUUCUUGGUGUUGGUGGUGGAUGAGGAAGCCAAGCCACCACUCAGACUCCAUCUCAAUCCCUCACGACUUGACCUGACAAUUGACAUUCACAUCCACAACAACAUAAAUACAGAAUACUUCAUCAUCAUUAUGUCUCUCUCUCUUCUUCUUCCUCCUCCUCCUAUUUCUUCCUUUUCUCCCUCUCCUUCUCACAACAGAUUUCCCUCCACCAAUACCAUUACCAAUACCAAUACCAAUACUUGUUCUUCUUGUUGUUCGUUUAGCUUUUGUUUUUCCACAAGGACCCCUCGUCCAUUAGGGAGGCUGCCCAGGCUCUCCUUCGCUGCCCACUGCUUCAGAGCUGACGAUGAAACCACCAGCGACGACGACAACGACGAGGAGCAACAACAGCAACAACAACAACAACAAUUUCCCACAAGUAAACAAUACGACACCUCCCAUGCCACUUUCCUCUUGCCCGACAGAUUCGAUGUUUUGGGCCUUGGACAAGCCAUGGUGGACUUUUCUGGGACGGUUGAUGACAAGUUCUUGGAGAAACUGGGAUUAGAGAAGGGAACGAGGAAGGUGGUGAAUCACGAAGAGAGAGGCAGAGUUUUGAGGGCAAUGGAUGGCUGUAGCUACAAAGCAGCAGCUGGUGGAUCCCUUUCUAAUAGUCUGGUUGCCUUAGCGAGGCUUGGCAUUUCUCCCGUUGGAGGCCCUCCUUUGAAUGUUGCCAUGGCCGGCAGUGUUGGCAGUGACCCCUUGGGUGGCUUCUACAGGGCAAAAUUGCGGCGUGCAAAUGUUCACUUUCUUUCUGCACCAAUCAAGGAUGGCACCACAGGGACAGUUAUUGUUCUCACUACCCCAGAUGCCCACCGUACUAUGUUGGCCUAUCAGGGUACAUCAUCAACCAUUAACUUCGAUCCAUGCCUUUCUAGCAUGAUUUCAAGCACAAAGAUACUUGUAGUUGAAGGGUAUUUAUUUGAGCUUCCUGAUACGAUUGAAACAAUAAAAAAAGCAUGUGAGGAAGCGUGCCGGAGCGGUUCCCUUGUCGCCGUCACAGCAUCCGACGUCUCCUGCAUUGAGAGACACUAUGAUGAAUUCUGGGAAAUUGUUGGCAACUACGCGGACGUCGUGUUUGCAAACAGCGAUGAAGCUCGAGCUCUAUGUGAUUUUUCUCCAAAGGAAAGUCCCAUUGCAGUGACAAGGUAUCUAAGCCACUUCGUUCCCUUAGUCUCAGUUACUGAUGGACCAAGAGGGUCUUACAUUGGUGUUAAAGGAGAAGCUGUAUAUGUCCCGCCUUCUCCAUGUGUACCGAUCGACACUUGUGGUGCCGGCGACGCUUAUGCAUCCGGGAUAUUGUAUGGUAUCUUGCGAGGCGUGUCUGAUCUGAAAGGAAUGGGUACAUUAGCGGCUAGAAUAGCGGCCACUGUUGUUGGGCAACAGGGUACUCGACUUAGAGUUCAGGAUGCAGUAAAGUUGGCAGAAUCCUUUGCAUUCCAUCUUGAUAGUUCCAGUGUUCAGUCAGAUGUAGGUUCAGAUCAUAUAUCCAGCUUCUAAUCAGGUGCAGCUUAGAUCCUUUUUGGCUGAUUGUCAAACCCAAAAAGGAAAAUCUCUUCAGUACAUGCAUUUAUUUGACAAUUCUAUGGUAGGAUAUUAAAAAAUACCCUACAGUGCUAAGCAGUAUUGGACUGUCAGAUUCACGUCGUACUUAUACAAGAACAAAACUUAAUGAAAAUUUGACACUGCAAAACUGCGUACUACCGGUAGGGUAAAUUUUUUGCUAUGCUACCUUGUCAUAGAAUUAUCGGAAUUUAUUAUGUGUUCAUAUGUUUGUACACGACAUUGUAAAUUGAACAAUUCUUUUGAUGGCAAAAACAGAAAGAACAAAUUAAUGAAAGUUCAUGGCAGUAAUUUGAUUUGCCAAUUUGUGAGUCUUUUCUCAUAGCUAUCAUCUCGUAUGUCUGGUGUCUGGUCUCUCGAAGAGGCACCAGUAGUCUUGAAUCUUUAUUCUUUUCUUUAUUGAUUAUUGAUAGAUGUAUUUAUGUAACCACAAUUGUAAUGGUCAACUAGUUGACACGUUUACAAGCUUAUGGUCUUUUAUAUAUAUGGCCCCAACGGUAUAGCAUAAAAAAAAAAAAAAAAA